AUGUAUCUUUCAAUAGUCGCACUUAUUUUUUCCUUGACCAUAUCAGUUUCAGCAUCCCCCAACAAUACCAUUGCUUAUGUAACCGAGAUCGUCACGGCCUUUACCACCAUAUGUCCGAAUGCUACUAUGAUAGAGUUUGACUCUGUAACGUAUACAGCCACUGAAUCAACUACACUUACCAUCACAAAUUGCCCUUGCACAAUCGUCAAGCCUGUUUAUGUCAUUAGUUCUGUGAUAGGUUCGGCUUGUAAUGCUCCUGCCUUUGUAAAUGCAACGCAAAAUGCCUCUCCACCUAAGAGGCCCUUGGCAACUGCCUCGGCGCCAGUACCAACGACAAUACCAACCUCAACCUCUCCAAAUACUCCCAUAAUUACAUCUGGCGCCAAUAAAGAUUAUACAAUUUCUGGAUUAUCUCUGAUAACUCUAACUGGGCUCUAUGUACACUUUUUUGGACACCUCAUGUGA